AUGACUACUAUUAUGAUCUACCCGGUAGCACAAGGACCACAGCAAGCAACCGGAGGUGGUAGUGGUGCUUCCGCUGGAGGUGCCGGCUUCGGAUUCCCUGGAUUCAAUGGCUUUCAAAUGCCUGGUUUCGGCGCUGGAUUCCCUGGACAGUUUCCCUUCCCUCAAACCGGAGCUGGUUUCGGCCAAGGCUUUCCAACAUUCGCGGGAUUCCCUGCAAUGGGCAACAACUUCGGUACAGUGAGUGGAUCCACCUCGAAUGCUGGUUCACAUGCCGGCAGCGGCGGUGUGUCGUCUGGAAGCAGCGCGACAAGUUCAUCUUGGUCCAGCUCCUCCUCGUCAGGCCAGCAACACCAACCACACGGUGGCAUCAGUACGGGCAGCUCUGGAACAUCCCAUGCAGAGCAAGAGCCAGCCCAAGGUCACAUUGGCACAUCUAGCGGCGCCGGAAGCUCAAGCCAAGGUCAGUCGAAUCACGGCGCCGGUCACGGUACCCACAGUGCAAGCGGUGCUGGUGCUCAAUCGCAAAGCGCUGGAGGACACGGUACAACCGGUAGCGCCAGUGGCGCCCAAGCCGCGGGAUCAUCGUUCGGAGAAGGUGGACGCCACACGGAAGCUAAUCUGUCCGGUGGAGGAGCUGGUGAAGUUUUCGGUGUGCGCAUCAGCACCGACGAAUCGGAAGAUGGUACAGUGAAGAAAACCCAAUCUGGAGCCUGGGUAUGGAAAUCGUAA